GCUGCCAUUUCCGGUUUGCAGGAGGUGGGCGGGUGGGGUGCGGCGCGGAGCCGGAGCGGCCGCCAGAUCCUGCCUCAUACCUGGUGCUGGCGGCAGGAUGCGCCCGGGGCCCGGGGGCUGCUGCUGCCGCCGCCCUCCGCUGCCGAACGGCUGCGUCGCGAAUGGGGAGCUGCGGAACGGGUAUGUGAGGAGCAGUUCGGCAGUCGCCGCCGCCGCCGCUGCCACUGCCACCGCCACCAGCCAGAUUCAUCAUGUUACUCAAAAUGGUGGAUUGUAUAAAAGACCAUUUAAUGAAGCCUUUGAGGAAACUCCAAUGCUUGUUGCUGUGCUUACAUAUGUGGGAUAUGGUGUUCUAACGCUCUUUGGAUAUCUUCGUGAUUUCUUGAGGCACUGGAGAAUUGAAAAGUGUCACCAUGCAACAGAAAGAGAGGAGCAAAAGGACUUUGUCUCAUUGUAUCAGGACUUUGAAAACUUCUACACAAGAAACCUCUACAUGCGGAUUAGAGACAACUGGAACCGACCAAUCUGUAGUGUGCCUGGAGCCAAGGUGGACAUCAUGGAAAGACAUUCCCAUGAUUAUAAUUGGUCAUUUAAGUACACAGGAAAUAUAAUUAAAGAUGUUAUCAAUAUGGGUUCCUACAACUAUCUUGGAUUUGCAAAAAACACUGGGACGUGCAACGAAGCAGCAGCCAAAAUCCUGGAGGAGUAUGGAGCUGGAAUUUGUAGCACUAGGCAGGAAAUUGGAAACCUGGAUAAGCAUGAAGAGCUAGAGAAGUUAGUGGCCAGAUUUUUGGGAGUAGAAGCAGCCAUGGCAUAUGGAAUGGGUUUUGCAACCAACUCAAUGAAUAUCCCUGCUAUUGUUGGCAAGGGAUGCCUCAUAUUGAGUGAUGAACUGAACCACGCGUCUCUAGUUCUUGGAGCAAGGUUGUCUGGAGCAACAAUUAGGGUCUUCAAGCACAAUAAUAUGCAGAGCCUUGAGAAACUGUUAAAAGACGCCAUUGUGUAUGGACAACCUCGAACACGAAGGCCAUGGAAGAAAAUCCUCAUUCUUGUAGAGGGAAUAUACAGCAUGGAAGGGUCAAUUGUUCGUCUCCCUGAAGUGAUUGCCCUUAAGAAGAAAUACAAAUCUUACCUGUAUCUAGAUGAAGCCCACAGCAUUGGGGCACUGGGCCCAACAGGUCGGGGUGUAGUAGAAUACUUUGGUCUGAAUCCUGAGGACGUGGAUAUUAUGAUGGGGACAUUCACAAAGAGCUUUGGAGCUGCUGGAGGAUACAUUGGAGGCAGGAAGGAACUGAUAGACUAUCUCCGUGUACAUUCUCAUAGUGCUGUAUAUGCCACAUCAUUGUCACCACCUGUGGUGGAACAAAUUAUCACCUCCAUGAAAUGCAUCAUGGGUGAAGAUGGCACAAAUCUUGGCAAAGAAUGUGUACAACAACUAGCUGAAAACACUAGGUAUUUCAGAAGACGAUUGAAGGAGAUGGGCUUCAUCAUUUAUGGAAAUGAAGAUUCCCCUGUGGUGCCUUUGAUGCUAUACAUGCCAGCUAAAAUUGGUGCAUUUGGACGGGAAAUGUUGAAGCGGAACAUUGGUGUGGUUGUGGUGGGAUUUCCUGCCACUCCAAUUAUUGAAUCCCGAGCUAGGUUUUGCUUGUCAGCAGCACAUACCAAAGAAAUACUUGAUACUGCAUUAAAGGAAAUAAAUGAAGUUGGGGAUCUGUUGCAGCUGAAGUAUUCCCGUCAUCGGUUGGUACCUCUGUUGGAUCGGCCCUUUGAUGAGACUACAUAUGAAGAGACAGAAGAUUGAGCCCUCUUGGUGGCCUGUAAAGGACACCCUCCCUUACCCAGGACAAUAUGUGGCCUUUCUGAGCCCAGUCUAGGAACCACACUUCUGUGGCUGCUUCAUGUAAAAGACAUUUUCUCACAAUAUUGAAGGUGACCACAUCCAAUCCAAAUGGCAUUUUGUAAAUAGUGAAAGUUGUUUCACAUUCUUUCUCUGCUGCAUCUCUCCUUCAAAGAAAGGUGUCUUAUUCUUUGCCUUUCCAACCCUCACACAAACACAAAGUUUUGGAAGGGGGAAAAAAAAAAGUUUUGUUUUAUAGUUCUUGUCCUGGUGAAAUCACUGAUAUCCUAACCUGCCUUUGGCUAGCCCUGUAAACCAGUCCCUCCCCUCACAUCUUUCCCUAUCACUCUUGUCCUGAGUAACCAUUCUCUGCACAGAUGUUGGGUAUAGAGUGGUACCUGCAAAGAGAAUUCACUGCAUUCCUCCUCCUUAGGAAGCAAGUGCCUUCCACUUAUCUCCCAACCAGUCCUUGAAAGUAAUUAAUUUUAAACCCUAAUUUAACCAGACAGAUAAUCAACCAAAGCUCUCUUUCUUUAGUUUUGUCUUAAGUUUAAACACUUGAAACUUAGCUUUAAUUUUUUUUUUUUAAAUUUUAUUAAAGAUAACAAAUGUUGCUGACAGGAUCAUUAUGUAAUUCCCCCUGGCCAUGGCCCUUCAAGACUUUGUCCAGUAUCUAUUUUCAUUCUGGCCCACAGAUGUUUCUUACUUUGCCAUCAAGUGUUUCCUCAUGAUAGUCACAAACCUAGAGUAUGUCCAAACAGGACAGAAUUUCUCCCCAUUAAGCAUGUUUUAAUAUUUAUGAGAUAGCCAUAUCCCAUUCCUAUUUAACCUCCUUUUGCUAGUGAAGAAAAAUUUCCUGUUUUGGUAUUUCAUGUACAAAGCCACUGUUGGCUGUGAGACAGGAUUUUGUACAAGAAGGAGUGCUGAUAGGAUCUCAGAGAAAAGUAUUGAUGUAAUUGACCACAGUUCAUGAAUCUCUUACUGCUUCCUCUAUCUCAGAAUUGGAGCUGUCCAGGGGAAAAGUUGUUUCCAGUCAAGAUUUAGAAUGCUUGAGCAAAAGAGGGAUAAGUUCUCUGCCUGGAAACCACUUAGUAUAUUUCUAUGAAAGGAUUAACAGUGCUACACUAGCUUUUUUUAAAAGCUCACUUCCUUCUUCAGGUUAUAUCCUGAUCACUAUUUUCUUUUGUUGUUUUCCAUCAAAACACCUACUACAUGAAAGAGAUACAUGGUUACAUUGAUUAUUUUAACCUGCUUCUGACACUAAGAAGCUUUCCUGUUUCCUUGUUAGCUAGACUUUAUCCUUUUUUCUGAGCAGUUCAGAUUGCAUCCUUCUUCUGAAUGGGACUCCUUGGACCUUCUGCCAAGGGAGACUUAUAUAAUCCAUGUAUAUCACACAGCCAGAAAGAAACUCUGGAUACCACCAUUCCAAAGUUAUUCCUGUUCUUUUAAUCAAAACCUAAGGGAGAAAUGUUCUUGGCUUUAUUAUGUCCAAAGUUAUCCUGUCUGUCCAAAGGAUAAGGGACCAUUAAUCUUCUCAGGGGAAGGCUGGGAAAGGAAUGGAAAAGAGUAUUUUGUGUAUGGAUUUUUGCAUAUUGUGUAUGUUUUCAAACCAUUUGUUUUACUGGCAAAGUUUCUCAUCUCAAAUUUUAUCCAGGCAGCUUGUUAUAAGCUAUAGUAUGUUUGUGAAGAGAUACUAAAUUGUUAAGUAGAAGGCAGAAAAAAAUACUAUUGAAGGGUGGAUUUAUUAUUUGCAUUUAGUGUAUUAAAUAUGUUGAUUUCCCUUAUACCCAAACUGAAAGCCUUUGGGUCAAGUCUACAAUUUGUGCUUUUUUUUUUUUUUUUUUUUUUUUUUUAAGCUUGAAGAAAGUUGAAUGGAGGUGGCAAAGACUAUGGGUAAUAAACAUAAGUUUAAAAAAAUGAAGUAACAGAAAGGGAAAUAGUCCUUUGGCAUAAACCAAGCAAAUAGCUAGCUUUUUCUAAAUGAGUGCUUUCCCAUCAUAGCACCAAUAUGUCAAGCAGCAACUUCUGCCCUUUAGUUGAAAAGAAUCUCCAAAAUCUCAUUUUUAGACUUUCAAAUCAGUAUAUUUUUCUCCUCUGCCAUUUACUUUGGGAUAAAAGAGAUGGUAGCAAAUAAAAACGUGCAUCAUUUUAUGGCCAGUUUUUAAAAUUGAUAUUAUGACAGUAUAGAAUAAACUUGAAAAAGUUUUAAAUUUAAAGUAUGGUUUUAUUUAUAAGGGAUAAAACCCUUGUGUUAUCCAGAAUUCCAUGCUUUCUCAGAGAGAAUGAAUUACACAAAAUGAUUGGUUGUCUCCUUUUUUGAUACUGUGAUAUACCUAUGGUAUAGUCAGACUUGUAGUAUCUUUAUUUAACUAAUUGUUUUGAAAUCAGUAAGUCUAUCUCUUGGUUAAAGAGAUGGAAUCUGGUACACUAGGCAAGACAGGACACCCUGAUAAACUAUGUUGUGGGAAUCUUAUGGGACUCUUAAGAUUGAUCUGUUAAUCAAUUAUCACCAAAAGCUGGGAUCCAAAGUAUUCUAUUAAGUACUGCAAAAUAUGCUGUUUUUUCUUUCCUCAUUUUUACCUCUCCUCUUAUCCUUCCUCUAUCUCUUUAGUGAAUGACUUAAGCUGUUUUGAAGUUCAUGUUCUUUGGAGAACACAUCAAAUCAAUCCUCCCAUCUGAGAAAUAGUUAUUGAAUUCAAAUCCAGAAGCUAUUUCUCCCUGUACAUCCAGUCAUAUGAAAUCAGAUGUAACAAGUAGAAAGGAUUGAGGUGGUAUCCUCUUCUGAAUUCAUUUAUACUUUCACCAAACACUUCACAGGGUGCUUGUUUCAAUACAAAUAAAUGUAAUGAUCAUAAAACAUUCCUAGAGAGAUUCCCUUUAGGAGUAGGACCUUUGGAGAGUCUUCUGUUUAGUUUUGGAUGGAAUCAUCUUUUCAGUAAAAAUAUGUUUAUCUCUAGACCUUUAAGGAACUGAUUAUCUUUGAACAUGCAGUUCAAGACCUCAACAAUAUUUUGAUCACUUUAUUGAGACUUCACUUCUCAACAUCAUUUUGGUGUCAAAGAAAAGGGGCAUUAUUUUCUGGAAUUGUCCCUCUAGAUUGUUUUUCCUUAAUUUACUUUAUUUUCUUACUCAAGUUCUUUUAAUUUCCUUUUUUUUUUUUUCUUUAAAUUUCUUUCCCCCAGAGGAAAUUGGUAUAGUAUGUUGUUUAUGGUAUUUUAGGAUGGUACAUCAGAAAGUUUUUAUUAUUAUUUCAAAUUGGAUGCAAAUAUGUGAGUCUCUCCAAAUGCAUUUGGCCUAACUUCUUUGGGUUUUCUAAAAGGUUGGCAUCCUUUUUAUCCCCUCUGAACCUUAAUGUGGAAUCAGCCUCCAUAUUUUUUGACAAAUAUAUAUCUACUGAAUUUACCAGAAUCUACAUAUGCCUCUUCUGCCUAUUCAUGAUUACAUGGAGAGAGUAUAAUGAGAAAAUUUCCUAGUUCCUUCAAAAGAAAAUUCUGAAGUAUAAUCUGACUAUUUCUUUCUCUUCCAGCUGGUAAGGUGACCUUCUCCCUCAAUAAAAUUGGAUAUGGUGGCUGUGCUACCCUAUCAUUCAAACCAUUGGUAGGGAAGAAAAAUAGUUUAUCCUAAUUAGGAUAGCAUGGAGGCAUGGUAUAAAAUAUCCAAAAGAAGGGCUCCAGGUUCCAUUGACUGUAGAGAGUACUUGGGUGGGCCAUUUUUCCUUACACAGUUUCGUUAAGAUACUACCUAUCCUUUCUCCUGGUGCUCCAGAUAUAAAGUGAUUUUUUUUUUUUUUUAAUUUUUGUUUGUAUAACCUGACCCCAUGUGAUGUGAAAUGGAUGGAACUAGAAAAGUUCUUUUCCUUGUGUGGUCUCAUUCUCAAUGUGAUUCAUGGAUUAGUGUUGAAUAUUCCAUGCUAUUAAAAUAGGACAGGGCAUCAGUAUAUAGAGGAAAAAUAUCAAAUUAAGACUAGAAGACUUACACACUUCAAGUGUGGCUGCUACCUGAUUUACAAGGGGGUACAGCUGUCAGCAUGAAAUUCUUUCCAACCAGCUAGGAAACUGAACCACACUCACCUGAAAGAGAGAAGCAUGUCUGCUCCCUGCUCGGCUUUGCUAAUAUGCAGUAUAGUUCUCAGAUUCCCAGUUUAGGGCUAUGUGCCUGACCCAGAAUUUGGCCACUGUCUCCCUUUUCAUGAAAAACAAAUGCCUAAAGCAAGAAGUGAUUUUUGAUGGAUUUAAUUUGGGAAAAGAUGUUGUGUCCUCUUCUGUCAUUUUUAGUCACUCAGAUUUCCUAAGCAUGUCCUGCUAUAGGUUGAAAUGCCUGAUUUGGGGAGGGAACCAAAGGGAUUGUCUCCCUUUCCUCCAGUAAGAAUGCUAUGUUUUGUACCCUUCAACUAAUGAGUCCAGAAUUACCUUGUUCUCAUCCCAUCCCAAACUUAAAGAAGAAAAUAGGGAAGGAUGCAGGCAAGAAAGACUUUACUGUACAAUGCAUAUCAUAAAUGGCCUUAAACUGUGAUUCUUUUUGGUAUGAUGUGUUUUCAUUAACUGACCCAAAAGAAUGCAGUAACUCUUAAACUGCAGGUAUUGUAUUUUUAAUGAAGCAUUACCUGCAGCUUUGUUCUUGCUAAGCAAGCGGAUGGAAAGGGAGUGGUAGAAGGAAGGAGGAAACUUCCUCUUUUGCUUUCUUAAAUGUAUUCCCUUAAUAUGAUCUCCUUGGAUGAUCAGGGAAUAUUCCUGUGCAUAUGGAGACCUGAUUCAGUUCAAAACUUUCUCAGUUCUAUAUCCAAGUCCUUCAUGCAAAACUUGAUAACUUGGCCAGGAAUCCCUAGAGAAUAAAGAAGAGAAAAUAGUAGGAAGAAAAUUAGAGCUUCUCACUGCCUAGUAUAGGGUAAUGACUGAUAUUUUCCUUCCUCGAACUGGGGUCUUGUUCUAGUAACUGGAAAUGGGCCAGUGGUUGGAAUGAUAGGAGAAGCACAGAAUAUGUUACAUCACCCCAACCUCUUUGAACCAAAACUCCCAUACAAUCUUGAUGAUCUCUCUCUGUAUGAAGGCAGCUAACAUAAGGAAGACAGGGAUAAAAGGUAUGGGUUAAGAAUUAAGGAAACAACUUUUUUUUGGAACGUAAGGUGGCUAGUGGCCCAAAUUUUUCCAUUGCCAUAGAGGAGAGGACAAAAUGGAAUUGCAGGGAGUAGGAUGGAAUUGUCCCUCUCUAAUCCUAUAAUGUAAAUAAAUACACAUACCCUUGGAGGGAGGAGGGGAAUAGAUUGUAAAUAUGAAACAUUUUAAAUAAAAUUUUGUAACUGAUUUCCCCUCUGCCACCAAAAAAUAAAGUAUUUUAUGCCAGAUGAUCUAAUUUUUUUUAAUUGUUGGAUGAUUGUGAAACUGGGUGCAGUGGAAUGGAACUGUUCAUUCAGCUUCAAAAGUGCAUGUUAAAUCCUGAAGGGGAAACUGCCUGGGAUAAAUAAGAACAAUCCGUACAAAUCUAUUUGUGUUUUGCCCAAUAAAAUAUUCAGAAACAUGGA